GACGUCCACGACAAACAGUGGGGCAAGUCUAUCCAAAACAUGAAGGGCUCCAGUGGAAGCGAGCAGCUGGUCAUGAUGGAACUCUUCCUCUCAAACUUGAUGAGGGAGGAGAAUUUUGAACACCUGUUGAAGGAGUUCAUCCCACAGCUAGAAGAGCUGGAGGGCUUGGCGGAGAAUGUGGUUUUGGGUCUUUCGCUCGCAAACUCUUUGGCAUUGCAGGAGGCCAAGGAGGACACAUUUGACAAUUUGCUGCAGCAGCUGGACAGUUCAAAGGAUGAGGCAGUCCUUCGGGUGAUCCUGAAGGAUGAGCAUGGCCAAGCACUUGUGACCAAGCUCAAAAGCAAAAACACUACCCUCCAGGACCGGUUCUCGAAAGCUUUGAAGGUUGGGGUCUUUGGUGAAAUGCUCAAUGACAAUGCCACUGCAGAUGCAGCUACCUUCAUCGAGAUCAUGCAGGGGGUGGCCGAGUUGGGGGUCACUGAGGCCGACCUUGAGAAUAACGAACUCAAGACCUCCUUCAACCGCAUUUGCUCUGCAUUCUUGGACUUGAGCACCAAGGUGCUUGCAGGUUGCGGUGAUCUUGACCCGAUCUUCGCCUCUCUUGAUGGUGACUCAGCUAUCUUCACCAUGGCCACUGACAUCUUGGAAAGCAAUGCCAUCACAGAGAUGAAAUCAGUGGCGGCGGUGUGGAACAUGCCCAGUGUGACCAAAAUGUUCACUGUGGCCACCGCCAAUCCAGGAUCAGUGCCUGGCAUGCUUGUGGAUUUGUCCCAAGUGGUGUCUCUUGCGACUGCAUUUUUUACUUUGGUGAAGAGAACCACCAUGGAUCCCAAUGAGAGUGACACGGCCACAUCAUUCUCCACAUGGAAGCAAGACAUGAUCCAGUUCACUUUGAGCACAAACUGCGAGGAUCUUCAGGCCAUCUCCAAUGCUUUGCAUGACUUUUGCGGAAUGAUGUGCAACUUGGACAUCCAGAGCAUCAAGCUCAAACUGGCUCAGUGUCACGGAGUCCGCCAGGCAAAUGUCUUCUUGGAUGCCUCCCAGCAAGUGGUCUCGAAUUGCGUGCCAGGCCUGUUGACAGGCCUCGCUCAGAAUUUGGAGAAGAACCUGCUGACGGAUCAGAGUUGGUUCUUGGAGGCAGCUCCUGCUCCAAAGUUCCUGCCAGAGACUGGGGACGUUCCAAAGGACUUUUGGAACAAAUGCAUUCAGGAGAUGUCUGCUAACAAGGCAAAGUCCAUGUACGACACCUUGGACACCGUGGUGAACACCUUGAAGAAGGCAGAAUGCUCAAUCUCAAUUGAUAUGCAAGCAAUACACCGUGAGGUUCUCUUUAACCAAUUGCGGGGUGACGCAUGUCUUUGCAUGGAUGCUUUGCAGAGCACAGCAGCUGUCAAGGACGCAGAGUCAGAGUUGGUCCCAGCAAUCAAGGGUGCUGCAGGCACUUUGGAUGCCUCUGUGGGGAAGCUGUGUACGGACAUGAAGGAGUUGCCUGAGGCCGAACUUGCCCGUGUGAAGGCAUGGAUCAGCAAGAACAUCAUGGUGCCACUCACCGGGCCAUUUUUGGCCAAGGCUACAGAGGAGGUGCAGAGGGCAGCGGCAGCCAUACCAGAUGCAUACGAAGCUCUGGUUGCAAGCCGCAAUGGAGCCAAAAUCAGGAGCAUUUUCUUUUCCAAGCAUACCCACACCGCCACCACGGCAAACCUGGAAGACUUCAACAGCAUUGCAAAGAACUUCGAAUCCAUCAUUUGCUCUGCUGGAUCCAUCGACAUUUUGCUGUCUUCCCAGCUCUCCAAGAUCAAGGGCUAUAGUGCUAAGCUGGCCCGGAUCAAGGCGUACUCGAGCACGGUUCAUGGACUGAACCUUUGCUUGCACCGCUUCGCCGGGAAGGGACGCAUGGAAAAGUCGGCUUUGUUGAGAGA